AUGGGUGAAAGCAAUUUGAAAACUACACAGGGAGUGGUGACAAGUUUCAGUAGUGAUUAUGGCUGGAUUAAUGAGUCCAUCUGCUUCAAUUGCAAUGCUGUGAUUAGCAGAAUGCCUCCAAAACAUGGACUUAAAGUGGUUCAAGAAGAAGAUGAAACAUCUCAUGAGCUCCAUCAAACUGCUAUGCGACAGGUAGAUGGACUCUGUGAUGAUAUUGAUGACUCUGGACCAUCAGACCUUGAAACUAGAGUUAUAACUGCUCGUGUUACCUCUGUGAGCCGAGAUGCUGUGUACAUUGAUGAGGAAACUUAUUUCUCCCUAGACAUUGCUUCUGAAGGUUUUACGCCUUAUAAGGGUGACUGGAUAGACGUUGAGUACUGCGUCCUGUCAGGCACAUCCAACAUCAAGGCACUCUCCAUGAAGCCCUUGUUCUAUAGGCAUCUGGAGGAGGUCUGCAUCACCAGCAUGCAUGGAAGAAAUGGGGUGCUAGAUGGCAUUAUCUUUUUCACCUUGGACUCUCUGAAACUUCCAGAUGGUUACAGUCCCCAAAUAAAUGACAUCGUUAGUGUUGACAUAGUAGAGAGUACUCAUUCAUGGUACAUUUGGAGAGCAAUUUCUAUGACCCCAGUUCCAAAUUCAUUAUAG